ACCAAUGAAGCUAAGCACUUUAUUUGCCUUGGUUUUAUUGCUACAGAGCACCGCUAUUCUUUCUUUAGUUGCUGCAGAAGCAACAACUCAAUAUGGUGGUUACCUUCCUCCGCCUGUUACCAGUCAACCACCACCAAGUUCUAUUGGCUAUCAACCGCCUAGUGCUCCGACAACAACACCACCUGGUCGUGGACAUGUACCGUCGCCAAGGCACGCUCCACCUCGCCAUGCCUACCCACCACCUUCUCAUGGUCAUUUACCACCAUCUGUUGGCGGUCCUCCACCGCAUAGAGGACACUUGCCGCCCUCUCGUGGGUUCAAUCCCCCGCCAUCUCCUGUGAUUUCUCCAAGUCAUCCGCCACCGUCCUAUGGUGCACCUCCACCCUCUCAUGGUGGCGGCCAUCUACCAUCGCAUGGGCAAAGACCACCUUCACCUUCUCAUGGACAUGCACCACCCUCCGGAGGGCACACACCACCUAGAGGACAACACCCCCCAAGCCAUCGUCAACCUUCACCUCCGAGUCGACAUGGACAUCCUCCACCACCUACAUAUGCACAACCACCGCCGACACCAAUUUAUUCGCCUUCUCCUCAAGUGCAACCACCACCGACUUACUCACCUCCUCCACCUACACACGUACAACCAACACCAUCACCACCUUCACGUGGACAUCAACCACAACCACCCACUCAUCGACAUGCACCACCUACUCAUCGACAUGCACCACCUACUCAUCAACCUUCACCCCUAAGACAUCUACCACCUUCUCCCCGUAGGCAGCCACAACCACCAACUUACUCACCUCCUCCACCUGCAUAUGCACAAUCACCCCAACCCUCACCAACGUACUCGCCUCCUCCACCUACAUACUCUCCACCACCACCAUCACCAAUUUACUCGCCUCCUCCACCUGCAUACUCACCAUCUCCACCACCAACACCAACUUUCUCGCCUCCUCCUCCAGCAUACUCACCACCACCAACGUACUCCCCUCCUCCACCUACAUAUUUGCCACUGCCAUCAUCACCAAUUUACUCGCCUCCUCCGCCCGUAUACUCACCACCGCCACCACCAUCAUAUUCCCCUCCUCCACCUACAUAUUUGCCACCACCACCGCCAUCAUCACCAAUUUACUCACCUCCUCCACCACCACCAUCCUUCUCGCCACCUCCACCCACAUAUGGACAAUCACCUCCACCUCCACCAGCGUAUUCCCCUCCUUUGCCUGCACCACCAACAUAUUCUCCUCCUCCACCUACAUACUCGCCUCCUCCCCCUACAUAUGCACAACCACCACCGCUUCCACCAACAUACUCGCCUCCUCCACCUGCAUACUCACCACCACCACCGCCAACGUAUUCUCCUCCUCCACCUACAUACUCGCCUCCUCCCCCUGCAUAUGCACAACCACCACCACCUCCACCAACAUACUCACCUCCUCCACCUGCAUACUCACCACCGCCACCAUCACCAAUUUACUCGCCUCCGCCUCCCCAAGUGCAGCCACUACCACCGACUUUCUCUCCUCCUCCGCCAAGACGAAUUCACUUGCCUCCUCCUCCUCAUAGGCAGCCACGGCCACCUACACCUACUUAUGGCCAGCCACCAUCACCACCGACUUUCUCUGCUCCUCCGCCAAGACAAAUUCACUCGCCGCCUCCUCCUCAUAGGCAGCCACGACCACCUACACCUACUUAUGGCCAACCACCAUCACCACCAACUACAUAUUCACCCCCUUCUCCUCCUCCAUAUGGGCUUCUGCUUAGUACUCCAUAAACUAGACCAUCCACCCCACCAACAAACCUGCCACCUUCUACGUACCAUGGCCCAUUGCUACCACGUACCUCCUGUACACCAUAAGAGCUGCAUUUAGUCGCUAGUUGUUCCUUAAUCAAUAAAGGUCUGGUGUGUUUCUUACCGUUGUCUCACCAGAACAGCUAUAAAGAUCAAUAUUUCUUUCUGUUCUUUUACUAUGAGUAGACAGGUAUGAAGAUCCUGUAAUAAACUUCAAGUGUUGUGUAAGCUUGAUUAAGUACUAUUAUGCAGUGUUUUUUGGCGACA